CUGCAUUUGGUCCAUUUCUCCCCCUCCAAUACCCCUGCGCACCCUUCAAUCUCACUCUUUCGGACACUCUUUCUUGCAAGAGUCGGACUGCUGCACAAGUCGCGUUCAAUUCUGUCUUCAUUUUCCCGUACGUGCUGCCACAAAAGUCGGAUUUCACGUGGUGCGGGGAGCAAAAUCGGAUUCCUUGACCGCAUUCCAUCCUCUCCGCUGCGGCAACCCAGCAGAAAGAAUUGCAGCAUUCAGCGCACAUUACCAUCCAAGAUGCCUCUCGAUACCUCUACAACAUACCCUCUCACCAAGCUACGCCUGGAUGGCCGUCGCUGGAACGAGCUGCGGCUCCUGCAGGCGCAGAUCUCUACCAACCCCGCCAGUUCCGGCUCUUCAUAUCUCGCCAUGGGCAACACGGCCAUCAUCUGCUCGGUCCAUGGACCAGCGGAGGGACGUCGAGGCGAUGCGACAGGCGGAUCUGCGGGCUCUGCCGGGGCGAUCGUGGAGGUGGAUGUGAACGUUGCAGGGUUUGCGGGAGUGGACCGUAAACGCAGGGCAGGUGGCAGUGACAAGCAAUCUUCUCGCAUCGGCACCAUACUACGCUCCGCUUUCCAGUCGCACCUCCACACCUACCUCUACCCGCACAGCACGAUCAGCAUCCACGUUUCCGUCCUGUCGGCGGACGGCUCUCUCCUGGCGGCGGCCGUCAAUGCAUGUACCCUGGCGCUCGUGGAUGCCGGAAUCCCCAUGCCGGGCCUCCUGUGUGCGUGCACGGCAGGCAUGAGCGGCAGUGCUUCGACGCCCCGCGACCCCAACAACGACGAGCUGGAUCCGCUGCUGGACCUGUCCCUGCCGGAGGAGCAGGAGUUGCCGUUCCUCACGGUGGGCACUACGACGACUGUGCCGGUGGGCGAGGCGGCAAUGAUCAACGAUGACGAGGACGAGAUGAAGGUGUCGAUGUUGACGAUGGACUCCAAGGUGCACUGCACGUAUGUGGAGACCAUGCUGGCGGUGGGCAUUGACGGGUGCAAGCAAAUUCGGGAGAUCCUGGAGGGGGUGAUCAAGAAGUCUGCUCGUCGGUGAUUGUUCUUGUCGAGUCGUCAGUGAUUGGUUUAAUUGAUAAGCAUGGCAGGCGAAAUUUUGUAUAUACCCCGUGAAUGAACGCCUGGGCUGAGGGUCGUCUAAUCUGCUUGUGAUUUAAUUAACCCCUUUCUUUUGCAUGCGAAAUAUCUCCUAGAUCUUGGGACGGGCUACGGAGUACUCUCUCUACUCUAGUUGACAAGCUACCUAGUCAGCCAGGCGUGCA